ACCCUUGUUUGAAGCUUUUGUCAGUGUCGUGAUAAUACCGCACGUCAUGAAAACUAAUUCAGCACUGAUCAUAACAUGAAAAUCUGAUUUCUGGCUAAUUUCAUUAUAGAUGUAUGAUCAUCCAGUGGUGUGUUGGCUGGUCUCAGGUGAUGAUGGGAACUCUCCGCGACCUCCAGUGUGCCCUGCAGACUAAGAUUGAGGAGCUGCGGCAGCGGGAUGCUCUCAUCGAUGAGCUGGAGCUGGAGCUGGACACGAAAGAUGAACUUAUCAGACAGUUACAGAGCGAGCUGGACCGCAUCCGACCUGCUCCAGGCCGUCACAGCACUGCAGGGACCACAGCAUUACCAGAUGAACCUCAGCGCAUUAAACGGCAGGCCAUAUCAGCAGAACCGACAGUGCUGGAUCCACAUCAGCUCACCCACGUCCAUCUCACCAACUACAGCAAGACUGAAGAGUCUCGAGAGCUGAUCCUGAAGGCUUUGUUGGAGAAUGACUUCAUGAAGCACCUGGAGGCUGCUCAGAUCCACACCAUCACCGACUGCAUGUAUCCCACAACACUGACCCGGGGCUGCUGCGUCAUCCAGGAGGGAGAUGACGGAUCCACUGUGUACGUGCUGGAAGAGGGGCUGGUGGAGGUCACUAAAGGAGGACAGAAGCUCUGCAGCAUUGAACCGGGGAAGGUGUUCGGUGAACUGGCCAUACUGUACAACUGCACACGCACAGCCUCCGUCACCGCUCUGACAGAUAUAAAGCUGUGGGCCAUUGACCGGCAGGGUUUCCAGACCAUCAUGAUGAGGACGGGCCUGCUUAAGCAUUCAAACUACAUGCAGUUCUUGAGGAGUGUGCCGUCCUUCAAGACUCUGACUGAAGAUGUGCUGAGCAAACUCGCAGAUGUUCUGGAAGAGAGUCGCUACAGUGACGGCGACUUCAUCAUCCGCCAAGGCGCCACCGGAGACACGUUCUUCAUCAUCAGCGACGGUCAGGUGAGAGUCACGCAGCAGAAAUCAGCCAAUGAAGAGCCAGUAUUUCUGUCCACGCUCAGCAGAGGAGACUGGUUUGGAGAACAGGCUCUCGAAGGGGAAGAUGUGCGUACAGCGAACGUGACGGCUGUUGGAGAAGUGACGUGUCUGGUUGUGGACAGAGAGUCCUUUAAGCAGCUGAUCGGCGGUCUGGACAGUGUGAGCAGUCGGCUGUGUGAGAGCGAAGAGAUCAAGGCCAUGCUGCAAGCUGAGGCUUCGUUCUUCUCCAGGCUGCGUCUCAGUGAUUUCCGUGUGGUCUGUACUCUAGGUGUGGGGGGAUUCAGCCGUGUGGAGCUGGUGCAACUGAAGGAGCAUCAGAGUCGCUCGUUUGCUCUGAAGGUCCUAAAGAAGAGACACAUUCUGGACAGCAGCCAACAGGGGCACAUCCUGUCUGAGAGACGCAUCAUGAUGGAGGCGCACAGUCCCUUCACUGUCAGACUCUACCGCACAUUCAGAGACUCUAAAUACCUCUACAUGCUGAUGGAGGCCUGUUUGGGGGUAGAACUGUGGACACUGCUUAGAGACAGGGGUGUGUUUGAGGACAGCAGCUGCCGCUUCUAUAGCGCAUGUGUUCUGGAGGCUCUGCUCUUCCUGCACUGCCGAGGAAUCAUCUACAGAGACCUGAAGCCCGAGAACAUCAUCCUGGACCAGCGCGGAUACGCCAAACUGGUGGACUUUGGUUUUGCUAAGAAGGUUGGUCUGGGGAAGAAGACUUGGACGUUUUGCGGGACCCCGGAGUAUGUGGCUCCUGAGAUCAUCCUAAAUAAAGGCCACGACGUCUCUGCGGACUGCUGGUCUCUGGGAAUCCUCAUCUUUGAGCUGCUCAGCGGCAGUCCUCCGUUCUCCGGCUCGGACCCCAUGAAGACCUACAACAUCAUCCUGAGAGGAAUCGACAUGGUGGAGUUUCCUAAGAAGAUCAACAAGAGCGCCGCAAACCUCAUCAAGAGGCUCUGCAGAGACAACCCCUCAGAGAGACUGGGCAACCAGAAGAACGGAGUAAAAGACAUCCAGAAGCACAAAUGGUUUGAGGGCUUUAACUGGGAUGGUCUUCGUGAAGGAACUUUGACUCCUCCGUUUAUUCCCAGCGUUAACGGGCCGCUGGACAGCAGUAAUUUUGACUGUUUUCCUGAAGACACUGAUGAUCCUCCGGCUGAUGAAGAGUCAGGCUGGGACGCAGACUUCUGAUCUUUAUUUUAUCAUUUAAGUCAAAUUUAUACAGAAAAUCUUGAACUGCAACAACAAAAAAUCUUCCUUUAAAAGUUUUUCACACUUGAAAACAUAAAAAAACCUAAAACUGAACAUUUUGGGACAAAAAAAAAUUAGUUUUUAUUUGU